AUGGAGAAACCCACAUGCCUAUUCAGAAUAACUCUCAAACGAACCCUAAAAGAAAGUGCAAGAAAAGAACUAAAAGAGUUCAACCUCAUCGAUGGUGGUGUGGCCGCUAAUAAUCCGGCUUUGGUUGCCAUUAGUGAAGUGAUAAAACAAAUUAAGAAGCAAAAUCCAGAUUUCAUGGAGAUUAAGCCCAAGGAGUGUUACGAUCGUCUUUUGAUGGUUUCGUUGGGGACAGGCUCAGACAGAAGUGAGCUGAAGUACAAUGCUAAGAAGGCUUCCAAAUGGGGUAUUAUAGGGUGGUUGUACGAGGAUGGGUCAAGUCCUUUAUUGGAAUGCUAUAAUGAAGCAAGUGCUUGUAUGGUUGACUACCACAACUGUGUGGUUUUCCAAGCCUUCCAAUCUGAACAGAACUACCUCAGAAUUGAGGAGGACACACUAGAGGGAAAUCUAGCUUCAGCUGAUAAAGCUACCCAGAAGAACUUAGAAAAUCUAGUGGAAGUUGGGAAUACAUUGCUCCAGAAACCAAUUUCAAACAUGGAUUUGGAUACGGGUCUCUACGAACCAGUUGAAAAUGGUGGCACCAAUCAGCAAGCACUUCAAAGGUUUGCAAAAUUACUUUCGGACGAAAAGAAGCUCCGGGAGUCAAAAUCACCAAAAGCCAACACAAAGUAAUGAGUUGUGUUGUAAGUGUGCUGCUCCUUCUAGCUAGCAAUGGCAAUGCAAAUGGUUGAAUUUGGAAAUAUAUUUUCUGAAAAUUAUUUGGAAAUUUAGCAUAAUAAUGCACAGCAGCCUCUACUGCAUAAGCGAAGUGUAUAGG